GCACGGACUCGACAGCCUUGUAGACGGCCUUGCAGGACGCACAAGGAUUUGCGAGCACGGCCGCACAUCUGAAGCGAGAGACCGCAGUGGCGAUCGAUCGCUGCGACCAGUUGUCAUCAUCAGUAGCAGCCAGUAGCCAGCCUCAGCACUGCCAGCAGCACAGCCGCAAUAACCAUGCGCCGCAUCGCUCUGCUGGCGGCAUGCAACGCCGUCGCCGCGUUGCGACUCUCGCGGAGGCACGCCCUCGCCGGCAUCGCUGCCGCACCGCUCGUGCCGGCGAACGCCUACGCGGCGGGCAACCUGGGCGCGGCGCUCGCCGUGUUUUCCGCGUCCAAUCCGACGGUGUCGCCGUUCACCGGCUUCUACAAAGACCCGGAGCACCUCGAGGGCUACCGAACGAUCAAGGCCGACAACUACGCGGGCACGCUGCAGGUGCGCGGCCGGGACAGCGCGGACGGCUCGGAGUUUGUCUUGGACGGCGAGAUCAUCUCUCAGUUCGACGCCGUGAUUGACUUCUCGCCGAAGGGCGGGCCGAAACGCCUCGCGGCGCGGUUCAGACUGCUACCGGGCGGCCGGCCAAUACUGGAAUUCCCGGACGGAAAUGCCUGGGCACGCUUGUCCGACAAGCCCGACCCGAACGUGAUGGCCGAGAUCGAGCGCGACCGUAUCGCGAACAGACCAAUGUCGGCCGACACGCGGUCGGGCUUCGCAAAAGUGAUGGGGGCUUUGUCGGAGAAGUAGUUGUUUGGCGCGUAAGUGUGGGUAGG